UUACGCGUUUAUUUAUCAAAUAAUUACAAAAUUAAUUAGUGGUUUCUAAAAAAAUAAAUCAUAUAAAAUUAAAGUCCGUCUUUGUGUUAGAAUUUGUUAGUAUCUUAGACGUAGAGUAUUGAAAUAAAAUAGUGGACAAAUUAUGUUAUAUUCCCUUUUAAUUGGCUGUUUGAAUUUUGCCUGCUUGUUUCAAUCCGGGUAUUCUCAGGCACACAGAAACAAACCUCAACCAACACCAUACCAUGAUUUUGACUACCUUGUAUUUUCCCAAAGAUGGCCUUUGACAGCAUGCACUGAAUGGGAAGAAGCCAAGCAAGGGAAUACUUGCAAUUUACCCAAAGACAAAGAUUUGUGGACUGUUCAUGGUGUAUGGCCAACAAAAACAGGGAAAAUGGGUCCGCUCUUCUGUCCUUCAGCCAUUCACUUUAAUCCUGAUCAACUCGCCCCAAUUCUCACCGAUCUCAACCAUUAUUGGAUAAACGUAGAAGCUAACACUAAAACUAAUUCUUUCUGGGCACAUGAGUGGAACAAGCAUGGUACUUGUGCCUCAGUUUUGCCUCAAUUAGACAGUGUUCCUAAUUAUUUUGAAAUGGGCUUAAAACUCAACAGGCAAUAUGAUUUAUCUAAAAUCUUGUCCAAAGGUGGAAUUGUGCCUGGCACUAACGGAUACGAUGUUAGUUUUAUUUAUAAUGUUAUAAAAAACGCUAUCAAUAGAGAGCCUAGUAUACAAUGUGUGACCGAUAGGAAAACUAAAGAAUCAUUUAUAAAUGAAAUUAGGAUCUGUCUUAAUAAAACUUUUGAUGCAAUAGAUUGUGAUGCAUCAAAUCCUAUACAUAGAAUACGUGUUGGCUUGAACACAAAUUGCAAUCAAAAAAAGCCAGUAUGGUAUAUUGACACUGUUCCUUCAACAAUUGUCGAUGAGGAUUCUGAGUACAACAACGAAAGUUAUGAAGAGUAUCAAGAAUUUUAUGAACAGCAAAGGCAUUAUACAUGGCUGUAUAACUUUAUAAGAACACUACUUUGGGUGACUUUGUAAAUUAAUUUGAACGUUUUUGUUAUAAUUGCUGUGGAUCAUUCAUCAUUUAUAUUUUAGGCCAAAUUUGCGUAUAAAAAGCAAGAUUUGCUAUUUAAACAUCAUUUAGACUGUAUUUUUAUAUGAUGUAUCAAAAAAACACCAAAAUUAUUCCUAUUUUUCAUCUAUUUAACUGAAUUUAGCCUAAUAUAUAUAUAGACAUACAGGGUUUUUAAUUCAAAUUUCUUGUACUUAAUUAUUUAUUUAUUGUACAUAUUAGCUCUUUUUAGAUUUUAUAUCAACUUUUACAGUAAAAAUUAUUAUAUAGACUGAUUUAGAUCUUGUGAGUAUAUUAACACAAAGUAUUCUAAUAAUCUAAAUAGAAAAUUCUAGACCUAUAUUCACAAAGCGCCUGGUAACAGCAUGUAACAAAGUAGUGAAAUUCAAAACGGCGGGUGGAAGCAUAGCGCCAGUCGAAACAGUGUGUAACAAUAAAUAGAUACUUUUUAAA